AUGUGGCUCCUCGUCGCCGGCCUGCUCUCCGCGCUCUCGCUCGCGAGCCCGGCGAACUGCCCGAGCGGCUGGACCUCAUGGGGGACCGACUGCUACCGACUCUUCACGCGCAAGGUCUUCUACCACGACGCCAUGGUCAGCUGCGCAAACGCCGUCUCGGCCACGUCCACACUCGUCUCCAUCCACUCUGCCGACGAGCAGGCCUUCCUGCAGACGUUCGCCAGCGGCCACGAGUACGCCUGGAUCGGGUUCAACGACCUGGCCCAGGAGGGCCAGUUCCGCUGGACGGACGCCUCCGUGGUCAACUACACGAACUGGGCGCCCCACCAGCCGGACAACCUCAACGACUCUGACUGUGUCUUCCUGCUGCCGAACGGACAGUGGGACGACGGCGAGUGCGAGCACAAGCCAUUCCACACCACACCGGCCAAGGUCUUCGUCUGCAAGACGGCGGCCACCUGA